UUUCACAGUCACUUCUGCAGAGGAAUAGAAUCCAAGGACCAUGAAUAAGCUGCUGGUCAUCACCGUGCUUGUUGCACUUUUUGCACUCAGUGCUGAAAGCUUCCGUGUGCCAAGGCAGGUUGAUGAGGAAGAGCAAGGGACCAUCACAAAAAUAACAGAUACUGUCAAGUCCUACUAUGCAGGUGCGGUCAACACUGCCAGUGAAUACCUGGAACAGAUCAAAGGCCUGAAGCUGGAGGAGAAGGCAAAGAAUCUUUACACUGAAACUUCCAACAUUAUGAGCACCUAUCUUGGCAUUGCACAGGACCAGCUUUACCAUAUUUUUCACCAUUAAUAGUGAAAAAAAAGUUAUCCAAUGACCUCCACAACGUUACAUGGCUGUGUAAGGACUUUCAACCCCCACAAGAAAGGUUCAGAAUUCAUUUUACAUUCUGUCCUUGGCGAUACUCUCCCCACACGCAAGUGUCAAACUCUCUAACACAAUGGACGAGGUGCAUUUUGUAGCACUUUCUCAAUCCACUGCAUUGGAGGUAAAUAAUCAUAACCACCCAAUGGGGACUUUAGUCCUUUGAAAAACAACUGAGAGCUUGGAAAGAGAAAAUGGACAUGAGAAUUUGGCAAGCACAAGAAAGGGAGCAUUUUAAGAUCUGCUACCACCUGCUGAUAUGCUUGUUUCCUCACAGCACCAUGGCAUCUCUGAAUAAAUUUCAGUGUUU